AGCAAGGUUAAACUUUUUAAUUAUGAAUAAAAUGACAGAAAAUAAGGAGAGUAUGUGUGUGUGUGUGUAUGGGACGUAAGAGAGAAACACGUAAACAUGAGGGUGCAGUUUGGAGUAUGCGAAUCUUGAAACGAAACCAAGCUUUAAGAAAUAAAUUAUUAUUCGCAGUGAAGAUCCUCUUCUUCUGCAGCUUAGCACACCACAUCGUUGCAAUUUGCAAAGAUGAAUAGGAGGCAGCAAAAAGCCUUCAGAUUUGUGAUAUGGAUUCUGGGACUCUUUCUCAUCGCUUACAUUGCAGGACGACCCUUGUAUUGGCAUCUCUAUGAAUCCAUUAAUUCCACUUCUUCUCCUUGUCCUCCUUGCCAAUGUGAUUGCUCUCUUCAACCCCUUAUUUCUCUUCCAGAAGGAUUGACCAACAAUUCCAUUUUAGAUUGCAUGAGGCAUGACCAAGAGGUGAGUGAAGAAAUGGGGAAGAAUUUUUCAGACCUUUUAGCAGAAGAAGUAAAGGAAAAAGAAGCUGAAGCUGAGGAAAAACAAAGAAAGGCAGAUUCAAUACUUUUAGAGGCUAAGAAAAUAGCAUCUCAGUACCAAAAGGAAGCUGACAAAUGCAAUUCAGGGAUGGAGAGUUGUGAGCAGGCAAGGGAAAGAGCUGAGACAACACUUGAAAAUCAGAUGAAAGAAACUGCUCUGUGGGAGCUAAGAGCUCGCCAAAGAGGCUGGAACAAAGAUGCUUCAAAGAAAGCUCGAGCACGUUCUUGAUUAGGUUAUCACACUAGUUCUACACUCUUCUAUUCUUCUUUUAUUAUUCUCGUUACUUCAUAUGUUAUUUAGUAAAAAUAAAUGUACAAGGAUACUUCUGCUUUUAAAUUUGCCUUAGAUUGAGCCAUGUAUUUCUCAACUUAGCACUCAACCAUUCAGUUUGCUCAUGAAUCGUUAAUUUUGGUUUGUUGUCUAGUGUUCGAAAAAAGUUGCAUCAUUUGUUUCACUGCGAGUUAUGUAUGUAUAUGCAUGUUUGCAUUUUACUCACAUUUUCAUGUCAAAUG